AUGGGUAUAAACGGAAAACGGGAACCAAAAAACCUACACGAGGCCAUUCUGUAUGGAACUAUUGAAGAUAUCAAAAUAUUUGUUGAUAGAGGUGCAAAUACCAGUGAGUUUGAUGAGGAUGGAAGCACAACGCCGCUAAUAGCGUGUAUCACGAAUGGAAAUCCAUUGAGAGAUUUGAAUUAUCUGCUCGAGCGUGGAGCCAACGUCAACGUAGAAACAACCAAUGGCGAAACAGCAAUCUUAGUGGCUGCUGAAAAAGGAAAUGAGGAAAGCGUAGAGCUGCUUCUGCAAAAAGAUGCCAUCAUAGAUGUUGUAAACAAUGAUGGAGAAACUCCUCUCAUGUUGGCAUGUCGAAGUGGGCAUCUUGAAGUGGUUCGUGUACUCCUCGACUAUGGGGCUAAAAUAUUCCUCACCAAGUGGCCGGAUUUCGAAUUUUCAGCCCUUCAUUAUGCCACCUUGAGAAAACCGUGGAGAUUAGACAUUAUACUGUUGUUACUGGAGAAAGUUGAUCCCAUGGAUGAUCGGAGGAAAGAACUCAACACCUUGUUGUUUAAAGCCAUUAGUUUUAAUUGCCUGGAACUUGUGCAGGAGUUGUUACAUCGUGGGGUAUCCCAAAAUGCCGAAUUCUCGGCAAUGAAUUAUGCCGCAAAUUGUGGAAACAGGAAGAUUCUCAACUAUCUCAUAACACAUGGAGGCGAUAUCGAUGAAGAGGACCUUCUAGGAUUCACUCCACUCAUGAAUGCAGCUCGACAGGGCCACGAGGAAAUAGCCGAACUCCUACUAAGUGCCGGUGCUGAUGUACAUAAGGUGCACAAGACUACGGGCUUUACACCUGCUUACAUAGCUCUGCUGAACGGUAAUGUAGCCAUUUGGAGCAUGAUUCGCUGGUUCUCUCUAAUAAAGUGA